CUCCCCGCUGCAGCACCGCAGUUAUAAAUGCAGCGCAGAAGAAAUGGAUCGGCGCAGCAAACAACUUUACAUGCAUGUGGAAGGGGUGUUCUGCUGGCUAGAAACAUAAAGAGAAGCACCCAGUCAACUGGGAGAACGUAAACAAGAACUAUAAGGGAAGGCUUGAACCCUUCAGUCUGUAAAAAAUCUGGGAAAGUCAGCAUGUCUCCUCGAGGGCCUUUAACCACCGUCAUAACAACCGUUGUGGGGGCGGCCUUAGGCGGGCUGCUGGUAUGGCAGGUGUAUCAAACAAAGCGGAAGAAGCUGUCUUCUGUCCAGAAGGCGGCGGAACCGACGGUCCCUCUGCAUCCCGUCGAAAAUGCUCUGGCGCGUACGGAGAGUCAACAAACCCAGCUGCCGCGCCUGGUUCACGAUGAGUUUAAAACGGCGGAGUGUCAGACUGAAAAUGCGCCCCGUGCCGUCAGCAUSCCGACCUGCAAGCAAAUGCUGGCGGUGAAACCGGUGACGGUGAGCUCUCAGGAGGACUGGCUGGAGAUGUGGCCGCUGAUGCAGAAGGAGCUGUCGGUGUUCCCGGUUCUGGGGCUCGACUGUGAAUGGGUAAAGGCCCAAGGCGUCUCGAUGAAGGGCAGAAGGUCGGAGGUGUCUCUGCUGCAGAUGGCCACCUACUCGGGUCUGUGCGUCCUGGUGAGGAUGCUGACGUUCCGCGGCAGCCAGCAGCCGUUUCCGCUCAGCUUCGUGGAAGUUCUCAGGGAUCCACACGUUCUGAAAGUCGGAGUGGGUUGCUAUGACGACGGGAAGCGUCUGACGCGCGACUACGGCCUGUCCCUGGCCACCAUCGUCGACCUGCGYCACCUCGCCUUAAGGGAAAGGCGAUCCUCUGUCAGUAAUGGCCUCAGUCUCAAGUCCUUGGCUGCAGAUCUGUUAAAUGUACCUCUGGAUAAGUCUCUGGAGCUGCGCUGCAGCGACUGGGAAGCAGAUCAGUUGACACUAGAGCAGACGGCGUACGCCGCCAGAGACGCUCAGAUUUCUCUGGCGCUCUUCCUCCGUCUCCUCGGCCUCCAGACCGAAACCGGUCCCGCCCUUUCCAGCGGGAGCUCCUACUCGGAGCUGGUGUCYCGCUGCCAGGGUCUGGUGGACGUCCCCUUCAGAGGCCGCGGGGACGGAGAUGACGGCGCCCCCGAAGGCGAGCGGAAGCGGAGGACGCGGAAGCCUGCGAUGAACAACAGCCCGGAGUCUGGAGAUCAGCAAGUCCCAGACCCUCGGAAGAACAACCGGAGGAAACCGCUGGGCGUCGGCUACUCCGCCAGGAAGUCUCCGCUCUACGAUAACUGCUUCCUGAACGCGCCUGAUGGCCAGCCUCUCUGCACGUGCGACAAAAAGAAAGCCCUGUGGUACCUGGACAAAGGAAUCGGAGAGCUGCAGAGUGAAGACCCCUUCAUCGUCCGGCUGCUCUUCGAGCCGUCGGGACGCCCCGACUCCCAGCAGGACUACUACCUGACCGCAAAGGAAAACCUCUGUGUCGUCUGUGGGAAAGCAGACUCCUACAUCAGGAAAAACAUCGUACCGCACGAGUACCGGCGACAUUUCCCCACGGAGAUGAAGGACCACAACUCCCACGACAUCCUGCUGCUCUGCACCAGCUGCCACGCCGCCUCCAACGUGCACGACGGCUUCCUGAAGCAGCAGCUGGCCAACGAGUUCGCCGCCCCUCAGGGCUGCGAGGAGGGCGUCCGGCUGCUGGAGGACUCGGACCGCCGGCGGGUGCGCUCGGCUGCCCGGGCGCUGCUCAGCGCCAAGGACGGUCUGCCGGAGCAGCGGCGGGACGAGCUGCAGCUGCUCAUCAGGAACUACAUGGACAUGAAUGAGGAGCAGGAACUGACCAACGAGGUGCUGCAAGAGGCCGCCAGCCUGGAGACCAGGAUCCUGAACGAGGCCUACGUUCCUCAUGGCCUUAAGGUGGUGCGCGCCCACGCCCAGCGGGGCCUGCGGGGCCUCAUGGAGCUGGAGCGUCGCUGGAGGCGGCACUUUCUGACCACCAUGCAGCCUCACCACCUGCCACCUCUCUGGUCUGUGGACCACAACCACAGCAAGUUCCUCCGCAAGUUCGGAGAGGACCUGCCCAUCAAACUCAACUGACCCGGAGCACCACGACCCCCUCAAAGGGACGGUCCAAAAAAAAAAAAAAAAAAAAACCUGUGGUGAAGUAACCCAGCAAUUUGAAAAAACACUAACCUUUCAGCAUUGUGGUGGAUGUCUUUUUUAAAUUAUUCUAUUUAUUUAUGAAAAGAAGUUAUUAGAUAAAAAAAAACAACCAUUCAUGAUCUGAUUUUUAGAUGAAAGCUGCUUCCUGCUCUUUCUAUUAAUAAGUGAAUCCAUUUCCCCUCCAUGCAGGUGAGCAGCACAAUGAGCCAACUGGUUAUGAGAUUUUCCCUUUUUAGUCUAUUGUCUGCUUUAGGUCAAUAGAAGAUUCCUUAAAACGCCUUGAAAUCAAAUGAAUCUCUUUAUUAUUCUUUUUCUGUCUGUACCAGGAGUUUGGUUUCACGAUGCGUUUGGGUUUGAAUGUUUUUGAGCAAAUCAAAGCUGGCAUCUAUUGGUUGGUCCUUUAUGUUCUAGAUGUUUCCAUCCUGCCGCUGGGUUUCCGAUGGUCGGGGCGUCUUCAUGGCUCAUGUUUUAGUGUGCCUCUUAACCCCACCCCGACCGAUCGGAGACUCACCAGGAUGCGGCGCUUCAAAGGUUUUUCAGCAGUUUCAGCACGACGUCGUUUUAUCCAGAAGUCAAACCACACAGUAAUCAAACGGGUGCCAACUCUUUUUCUCUCGAUGUAACCGGGCGACCUUGAACCCCCCUGUCUCAAGAGGAUUAUGAAUUAUGUGAGGAAAACGUUUAAAUCACUCAUAACUUUGUUGCGUAAAGCGUCAAAGUUCUUUGUUUUUUUUUUCCUAAUAGUGAAGAAAUAAAUGUUUGUAAUAAACUGUUA